CAGAGUUGUCCCUGUGGCCGCCAUUAAAGAAAGGAAUCCAUGAAUUCAAAUGGAAACCAACAGGAACCGAGGCUGAAAUAAUGAUCGAAAUAAUCGUUAAAAUAUAGGCCGGUGCCAGAAUUCGAGAGGUUGUUACAGGAUGUGUUUCGAUUUUAGGCUAAAUUUUGCGAUGGAGGAGUGAGACAGGACGUUUUUAUUUUUUUAAGCGGAGACCGUUUUAGGGCUAAGGGGGAGGGGGAGAGUUGCUUCUUUGCUCUCCUUUUCUUUUUGUUUUAUGAACAUUUUUCGCUUCCUUGAACGCGGUUUUACUGUGUGCUUUUGACAUGUCGACUUAAAGACCACGCUGUCUUUUUUAUCCGCUUUUAUCUCCGGUGGGAGGAAACUGUAAUCGGAAGGUUGUUGAAUUAACUAUCCUCCAGCCAAAUGUUAGAAAAAAUAUUUCUCGCUGAUUAAGCCUGUACAUCUUAGAAAACACCGAUCCGCAAAUUGUUUUUAUUUUAAUUUCCCGGGAAGUGAAAUGAUGGAGAGUUGGAUUUCGCAGUGAAGAAGGAUGAGUUCUUGUUUUGUACCAAACGGGGCCAGCUUGGAGGAUUGCCAUUCCAAUCUAUUCUGUCUGGCUGACUUGACAGGGAUCAAAUGGAAGAGGUUUGUGUGGCAGGGUCCCACCUCUGCACCAAUCCUCUUCCCGGUGACGGAGGAGGACCCCAUCCUAUGCAGCUUCAGUCGCUGCCUGAAGGCUGAUAUACUAAGCGUGUGGAGGAGAUGCCAGCAGCAGGGUCGGAGGGAGCUUUGGCUCUUCUGGUGGGGUGACGACCCAAACUUUGCUGAUCUCAUCCACAAUGAGCUUGCAGCCGAGGACGAUGGGCUUUGGGAGAAUGGCCCUUCCUACGAGUGUCGCACUCUGCUAUUCAAAGCCAUCCACAACUUGUUGGAGCGCUGCCUCAUGAAUCGCAGCUUUGUUCGCAUUGGCAAGUGGUUUGUCAAACCCUACGAGAAAGAUGAGAAGCCCAUCAACAAGAGUGAGCACUUGUCCUGCGCCUUCACCUUCUUCUUACAUGGCGAGAGCAAUGUGUGCACCAGCGUGGAGAUCAACCAGCACCAGCCUGUCUACCAUCUCACAGAGGAGCACCUUACUCUGGCUCAGCAGGCAUCCAGUCCCUUCCAAGUGAUCCUGAGUCCAUUUGGUCUAAAUGGAACACUGACUGGCCAGUCCUUUAAGAUGUCAGACCCACCUACCCAGAAGCUGAUUGAGGAGUGGAACCAGUUCUAUCCCAUCAGUCCCAGUGCCAAGGAGAAUGUGUCAGAGGACAAAGUAGAGGACAUGGACUGGGAGGAUGAAUCUCUGGCCUCUGUUGAGGUCCUUGUUGGUGGUGUGCGUAUGGUGUACCCAGCCUGCCUGGUGCUGGUACCCCAGUCAGACAUCCCUGUUGUGACCCCUGUGGGGUCCUCCCACUGCACUGCCGUCUACUCUGGUGGCCACCAAGUGCCUGCUUCCCAGCGAGAGCCCGCCAUGUCUUUGGUGACACUCACCCCUCCCACAUCACCCGAAGAGGCGCAGACAGUGGACUCUCACUCGGCUCAGAAGUGGGUUAAGAUGCCUUCAUCAUCUGAUGCGUUUAGCGUGGACAGAACAAGUCACCACGGAGGAAAGAUUCCACGCCGGCUAGCCAGUCAGAUGGUGGAGCGUGUCUGGCAAGAGUGCAAUAUCAACCGAGCCCAGAACAAGCGAAAGUUUCCAGCUGCAACCAACGGUACCUGCGAGGAGGAGCCAAGUGAGAAAGUGGGAACCUGGGAUUUUGUGGAGUCUUCACAGAGGUCGUACUGCAGCUGUUCGAGAUACAAAUUAGUGAAGCAACGAACAGCCAAUAACACGGGCCAGCCUCAGUCAGCUGGCCAGCCAUCCCAACCUCCGACCAAGCACAAAACUGGAGGAGAGAAGCCAGAGAAGGGUGACAAGCAGCAGAAAAGACCCCAGACACCCUUCCAUCAUCGCAGCCUGGCCAGCGACGAAGCAGCCAUAGACACAGAGGCAACAGCUGGACAACGGUUGGCCCUGAGGAGUCAGGAUGGAGCAAGAUUUCCUAGUAUUCGCUCUGCAGAUGUAUCUGCCAUCCAAAAAGCCCCCCAGCUCCACAGUGGGGGCGUUAGCACUGGGCCAUCAGAACAGGCCAACUCCCCUCAGCCCCCACCACUUAGUCCCCACCCCUGUGAACGCAGUGAGGAGUCAGGGGAGGGCAUGAAGAACCCUUCGACCCCCAAUAGCCAACACUUUUACCAGCCGCAGCCGGAAGCUUGCCUGGUCGGGGUGAAGGGCAGCAGCGAGGAGCAAGGAGGGCCAGAGGCUCUGAAUCAGCACUUCCAAUCCCAUCAACCCAACCCCCACCCCGGAAGCUCAGCCUACUCCGAGCCUCCUGAGCCUACCGUGUAUGUGGGUGCAGCGAUCAACCUGGAGGACGACAGCUCCCACGCACCAUGGAGGUUAUUCAACUUACCCCGAAGGAAAGAAGCCGAGCUGCCCACGCCACUGCUGCCUGGAGACAAGUUGAGAGAGGAGGCGGCCGCAUCACAAGACAACCUGGUGUCGGUCACAGAGGUGAUGUCUACGUCUAAAUGGCCACUCAAGGUUUCCGAAGAACGCGUGCAGAUGUAUCGAGCCAGGAGGAACCAGCAUCUUGCUGCUGCUGUAACAGAUGGAGAUCACGAGCCUGAGGUCGACCCCUACGCCUUUGAGGAAGGAGAUGUCAAGUUCACAUUCUCCAACAAGAAGGAUAAGUCAGGCGGGGAGCGGGAGCCAGGAAAGAAACACAAGGGUGAGGAUGGAGGGACCGGUCCAUCAGAUGAUCCUCAGCGUGCAGCGCCUCACAACCGCGUGGCUUCCACCAGCCUGAUCCACGAGACGGACCUGGUGGUGUCCAUCAACGACCUGGACAACCUCUUCAACUCAGAUGAGGAUGAGCUGGCGCCGGGUUCCAGGCGACCAGUGAAUGGAACGGAUGGGAUAUUUGGCAACAAGGAAUCCAAAUCAUCCAUCUUGGAUCCUGUACCCUGUUCAGAUCAUCUAAUCCAGAUGUUUCCCACGCCUCCCUCCCUGGAGCAGCACAUCAUGGGAUACUCACCUAUGAACAUGUGCAGCAAGGAGUACUGCACCAUGGAGCCCAGCACGGGCAUGACAACAGUGGAAGGCCCUUCAACUCUAGGAGGGCACUUCAAGAUUGAGGUGGAGGAGAGCUUCUGUAGCCCUAAGCCAUCUGAGAUCAAGGACUAUUCUUUUGUGUACAAGCCAGAGCUGUGUCAGCCAUUUGUAGGGUGCUCCAUGUUUGCCCCGCUGAAGACAUUGCCCAGUCAGUGUCUCCCACCUAUCAAAGUACCAGAGGACUGCAUCUACCGACCAAGCUGGACCAUGGGCAGGGACAUGCUCAACCCCGUGCCUGUGAUGACCUACCUUAACAAGGACAGUAACAUCCCCAGUGUGGGCAGCACCAUGGACCAAGAGUACACCCCUCAAACCCAGACGCCUUUCAUGAUCAACAGCGCUCCACCAAGUAACAGUGGUGGCACCGGCAUCCUGCCCUCACCCGCCACCCCCCGCUUCUCCGCCCCUACCCCACGUACGCCUCGCACCCCCCGCACGCCACGUGGCCCCUCCAGCGUCCAGGGUUCAGUCAAGUACGAGAAUUCUGACCUCUGCUCCCCAGCGGCGUCAACCCCCUCCACCUGCCGACCGCUGAAUUCGGUGGAGCCGGCCACGGUACCCUCCAUCCCCGAAGCCCACAGCCUCUACGUCACCCUCAUCCUCUCCGAGACGGUCAUGAACCUCUUCAAGGACUGCAACUUUGACAGCUGCUGCAUCUGCGAGUGCAACAUGAACAUCAAAGGAGCGGAUGCGGGCGUGUACCUGAGCGACCCGGUCAGCGAGGCCCAGAAACAUUGCAGCUGUGGCUUCAGCGCCGUGGUCAACAGGCGCUAUGGGAACGGCUCGGGCCUCUUCCUGGAGGACGAGCUGGACAUCAUCGGCCGCGGCACGGACAUCAGCAGAGAGGCAGAAAAGCGCUUCGAGGAGCUGCGGCUUUCCUCGCUGGAGAGAAAUGGAGUUGGGAGAAGCGACCAUAUCUCGGAUGAGCUGAUUCUGCUCCUGCAGGAUCAGUGCACAAACCCCUUUUCACCCAUUUCAGUUCUGGAGCAUGACACAGUGACUCGGGGGCCAGGCGGGGCUCCUAUACCCCCAUGUGUACGGGUAGAGGAGAGGGACUACCGCAGCGACUGCUACAUGGCCAUGGAGCACGGCAGGCAGUUCAUGGACAACAUGUCAGGUGGCAAGGUGGACGAGGCGCUGGUCAAGAGCACCUGUCUGCACAACUGGGCCAAACAAAAUGCAGUGGACGUGAGUGCGCUGUGCUCUCAGGAUGUGCUGCGGGUGCUGAUGUCCCUGCAGCCUGUACUCCAGGAUGCAAUCCAGAAGAAAAGGACGGUGCGGUCAUGGGGCGUUCAGGGUCCCCUCACCUGGCAGCAGUUCCACAAGAUGGCUGGACGGGGCUCUUAUGGCACAGACGAGUCCCCGGAGCCUCUACCCAUCCCCACCUUCUCAGUGGGUUAUGAGUAUGACUUUGUGGUACUGUCUCCAUUUGGUCUGCCCUACUGGGAGAAGCUGUUGCUGGAUCCCUUCGGCUCCCAGCGGGACAUCGGCUAUCUGGUUGUUUGUCCUGACAACGAGGCUCUGCUCAGUGGCGCCAAGACCUUCUUCAGAGACCUCACCGCUGUUUAUGAGUCAUGUCGUCUGGGACAGCACCGGCCCAUUUCCAAAGGCUACGCUGAUGGCAUCGUCCUUGUUGGUGGCAACGGAGCCAAGACCCCCGUGGAUCAGCCAGUCAGUGAUUGGUUCCUCAAGGCUGCCAGCAGCAACAGUGACACCUUCGCUAAGCUCAAACUCUAUGCACAAGUGUGCCGCCACAACCUUGCUCCAUACCUCGCAUCACAGGCAUUAGACAGCUCUCUCCUCACGCAGCCCAGCCCCACACCCUCAUCCAACCAGUCAUCAUCCACACAACUAUCUAACUCCACCUCCAGCACAGCCAGCCAGCAGGGUUCAGUGAACGCCGCUGGCUCCACUGUUCCCAGCAACAGCGGGCCCGGAAACAGCUCUGCGCCCUCCAACAACCUUGUGACAUCGUCAGGCCAGACCGGCAGCACGAUACCUGCCAAGCCCGGCUCCUUUCCUCCCUUUGGGAGCAUGGGCGGCCAGGGCCAGGGAGGCGGCCCCCAGAGUGGACAGCUGGGACAGCAGGCUGGUACCCAGAAUACUGGUGCCUCGGGGGACAACUCCAGCAGCCAAGCCCAGGGGCCCACAGAGCCCCCCGAGAGCACUUUGGAGCGAGAGAAGGUGGGAGUGCCCACAGAUGGGGAGUCCCACGCUGUCACGUAUCCACCUGCCAUCGUUGUUUACAUUGUGGACCCCUUUAGCUACGAGGAGGCCGACAGGGGCGCGGGGCCAGUGCCCGCACAAUCCAGUGUGUGGACGCUGGGUCUGCUACGCUGCUACCUUGAGAUGCUUCAGUCGCUGCCUCCACACAUCCGCAAUUCUGUUUCUGUACAAAUUAUUCCAUGCCAGUACCUGCUUCAGCCAGUGCGAGGUGAAGACCGUCAUAUCUACGCCCAGCACCUCAAAUCGCUCGCAUUCUCAGUGUUCACUCAGUGCAGACGGCCACUGCCCGCCUCCACCAACGUCAAAUCACUGACUGGCUUCGGCCCGGGCUUGGCCAUAGACACUGCAUUGAAGAGCCCAGAGAGGCCAGAGUGUCUGCGUCUGUACACGCCGCCGUUCAUCCUCGCACCUGUGAAGGACAAGCAGACAGAGCUGGGGGAGACGUUUGGAGAGGCAUCUCAGAAGUACAACGUGCUAUUUGUAGGUUACUGUUUGUCCCACGACCAACGGUGGCUUCUGGCUACCUGCACUGACCUGUAUGGGGAACUCCUGGAGACCUGCAUCAUCAACAUAGAUGUACCCCACAGGGCACGGAGGAAAAAGGGGUCAGUUCGGCGUCUCGGCUUACAGAAACUGUGGGAUUGGUGUUUGGGACUCGUGCAGAUGACAUCCCUUCCCUGGAGGGUGGUGAUUGGCCGACUAGGCAGGAUCGGGCACGGAGAGUUGAAAGACUGGAGCAUUCUGUUGAACAGGAGAAACCUGCAGUCACUGAGUCGACGUCUGAAGGACAUGUGCCGAAUGUGUGGCAUCUCUGCCUCAGACACUCCCAGCAUCCUCAGCGUGUGCUUGGUUGCCAUGGAGCCACAGGGAUCCUUUAUCAUCAUGCCAGACUCGGUGUCGACGGGCUCGGUGUUUGGCCGCAGCACCACCUUAAACAUGCAGACAUCGCAGCUUAGCACGCCGCAGGACACUUCCUGCACCCACAUCCUGGUCUUCCCCACCUCUGCCAUCGUCCAGGUCGCCAGCUCCAAUUACACCAACAUCGACACCAACAUCGACAUUCUCAAUCCCACCACUGAUGGCUCUGAUGCUAUAGAGAUCUUGGCCCUGCUCGACCAGGAGAAUGAUUUAGUGGAUCCAGACAUCAUCAACAUCUCACCUACCACCUCCCCGGUGCACUCCCCUGGCUCUCAUUACCACCACGGAGGUGAUGGCAGCAAGGGUCAGAGUACCGAUCGUAUGGAGUCCCACGAAGAAGUUCCUAACCUCCUGCAGCAGCCUCUGGCACUUGGCUACUUUGUCUCCACGGCCAAAGCCGGCCCACUACCCGACUGGUUCUGGUCAGCCUGUCCGCAGGCUCAGAACCAGUGCCCACUCUUUCUCAAGGCCUCUUUGCACCUCCAUGUGUCUUCAGUGCAAUCAGAUGAACUGCUGCACAGCAAACACUCCCACCCCCUCGACUCCAAUCAGACCUCAGAUGUACUCAGAUUUGUGCUGGAGCAGUACAACGCCCUCUCCUGGCUGACAUGUGACCCGGCUACGCAAGACCGACGAUCGUGUCUACCAAUUCACUUUGUGGUGCUCAACCAGAUGUACAACUUCAUCAUGAACAUGUUGUAAACAUCGGGCUGUUACAGGAAGAAGGCGGCGGGGGGUCAUAAUGAGUGAAAACCAGUGUACGGAGCUGGAUCCUGCACCAAGAUGGGAUUAGAUGGUGUUCCAAGCCUAGCCAGUCCUUCUCCACCACGCCGCCCCCCGUGAGACUGGAUAUUCUGUCCCUGUGAUUUAAAGACAUGCACGUAGAGACAAGGGAAUAAAAAAAGAGGGGAAACUAGAAGCUGAAUUGCAUUCAAUGAACGUGAAAGAAUGACAGAUUGGUUGUCAUGAUAUGUAGCAUGGCAGCACAGUCACUGGCCAGUCUGUAUUGAUGAGACAAGUUUAUCUGUAAAAUUAUGGGAAGAAAAGGGACAUAUUUGAUCAAGGAAAAAAACCCAAGAAUGGAUCUUUGGUUUUAAGACAUGAAAUUCCUUUUUAUUCCUUUGGAUGUAAUUGUAUCCAAACAAAAUGCCUGCAUUUAUCUUAUUUAUUGUAAGUUUUUAAAUGUAUAAUUUGUCUUAUUUCUUAACCUCUUUUAUAUAUAAAAAAUGGAGAAGGUUUAUAUCACCUUCCUGCUUUAAAGCAAUUGGUCUAAGAUAUAUGUAAUCGUCUUAAUUAAUAAAAACACCAGAGGAAAAAAUCCCAUAAAAAUGAAAGUCCCAGUAGGUUGCUUUUAGAGUAUUAUUUUUUGUAAUGGAGACAGAAUAUUUGUAUUGUCACAAUGUACAGAAGAAUUAGAGUGGAGAAUUAUGUUUCAUGCCUUUGAGCAUGAAGACCUUACAGCAAAGCUGUAGCUACAGAGGACUUGUACAGCAAUGAACUUCACUGUGUUCAAAUAAAGAGGUACAUUGUUGUAUAUAGUAUUUUAUACCACACAUUUAGACACAAAAACCAAACGGCAAUAUAUAUAAAAUAAUUCUAUAUGAAUGCCAUGCCAGCAGUUGGUGGUGUGGCUUCUGUUUUAGGAAUAAAGUGCGUCAACUUAUUUUCCUGUGCUUGUGUUUAUUGCCUUGGGGAGGGGGACUGUGAUGUGCAAUUGGACAAGGACACCAAUAGUGGAGCGGAGUGACAACUAUUGGCAUCUCUUGCAAGUAGCUGACCUCAGGUUUAAUCUUAUUUCUUUUUUAAUCCGUUUAUUUUUCUUCGAGAAGAAAAUGAAAGCAAGACUGUGAGAAGAGACAUGCAGUGUCCUUUUCAGCACAUCCCUUUAUUGUAGCGCACCUCUCCGUACUCCCAUUGGCUGAGGUCUGCCUCCUGGCACCACUUCUGAUUGGUUAUGGACACAUUUAGACCAGUCCCAUUUCAGUGUGAAAGUAAAUGUGUGGUGUAAAUGAACUUUAACCUGUUAUGGAUGGCUGCCCGUUGGACAUGCAGUGUUUGUGCAAAGAGAAACAUGUUCUGUCUGGAUGUUUCCUCCAUCUACUGAUGUUGCUCUUUAUCUUUCAUAUUAGCCAGCGUCUGUUGGCUUGGAAAAUUUGACCGUUAAAAUGUAUUUGGUCUUAUUUUGAGUGUAGAUAAAUACAUUCAAUAUUUAAUAAACCUAUGAAAGUUUA